AUGUCUAAGUAAAAUAAAACUCUCAUUUUUGAUUAGGCGGCAAGACAUGCAAGAAUUAAGAAGGAAAACGAAGAGUAACUUUCUUAAGCAUUAAAACUUUAUUAAGAAUUUGGGAAAAUGGAAAAUAAUGAUUUAAUAGCAACAGUGAUAGAUUCCUUAUCUACUAUUGAAUUCUUUAAAUAAAAUUGUCCAGAAGGUAUGAAAUUAACUGAAUUCAUUACUAAUGCUAUUAAAUAUUUUUAAUUUGAACAAUAUGAUUAUGGAUAGCCAAUAUUCCAUUAUGGUGAAUAUGGUGAUAAAAUGUACAUAAUUUUAAAGGGAGAAGUUGGAGUAUUUGGACCUCGACCUUUAGAUGAUAUCAAUAGAGAUUUGGAACAAUUAAAAAAACCAGAAGAAAUAGAGUUAAUUGUUAAAAUAUAAAAAAGAUUAUAAACUGUAAACUUUGAUAACAUACUUAAAAUGUAAGAUGAAAGGUAUUAUAAAGAUGGAGUACUUUUAUAUUAGAAAGUAAGAAUUAUAAAAUAUUACUAGAUUUUUUAAUAUUAUUCAGGAUAAAGCUUUGGAGAUGUUGCGUUAACAUCAGACAAACCUAGAUCAGCAAGUAUAAUUGUAUAUUCAGAAAAGGCAUAUUGUAUAUCUAUGAGAAGAAAUGAUUUUAAACUUAUUUUUCAAAAAUCAAUUUAAUAAGCCAGAAAUACAAUUGAUUAUUUUAUGAAGAUAUUUCCAGGAACUCUUAAAUUUAAUAUUUCAAAAUUCAUAUAAUAUUUAAGACCAAUUGUUUUUCAUAGUAAAACUAUUUUAUGGUAAAUUGGAGAUGAACCAUAGUUCUUUUUCAUUAUAGUGACUGGAAGAGUUUAACUUUAUAAAUAUAUUGAUAAAGAUACUUUAAUGGGUAAAAAAAAGAAUUUAUCCAUUUCUUAUGAAAAGUUAAAUUAGAAUAAAUAGCAACAUAAAUAAAAGAUUAUUGUAUUAUUUUAUUAAUAUGAAUAAGUUGAGUUAAUUAUCAGAUGGUAGUAUAAUAGGUUAAGAAGAAUUGUUAGAAGAUUUACCUUAAAGAAAAUACUGUUGUGAAGUUGUUGAUAAUACAAAUGCAUAUUAUAUGGAACAUUCUGAUUUCAAAGCUAUUUAAGGUAAUCAUCCUGAUAUUAUGGAUUGUCUAAAAGAAAGAGUUAUUAUUAAUAGAGAUUAUAUCAAUAAGAGAUAAUUAUUAAUUUUUGAGAAUCUUAAAAAUCAUGAUUAGUAUUUGAGUACACUUGAUAAUAACUAAAAUAAUGAAUCUUAAUUCAAAGAGUAAUUUUUCAAUAAUAAUUAUAAAUAAAUAUGUGUAAGAUCUUAAAAAAACUUUAAAGCAUCUUAAAAUGAAAUUCUUUUAUAACAUAUUGAUUAUGAUUAAAAACGAAAAUCUCUUGAGCCGGAAGAAGAAUCUGAAUUAAGAUUUAUUAUAAAUAACAAUAAUUUGUAAUAAAUUAGAGAAAGGUUUGCGAGAUAAUAAUAAAAUGAUAGAGAAUGUCUAUCUUAAUAAAAACUGACAUAAAAUAGAAAAUUAAUAACAUAAAUCUUAAAAAAAUAUUAAUUUAAGAAAAUUUAACAUGAAAAAAGAGAUAAAAAAAGAAAUUCAAUCUUUAUAACUUGUUCUUAAUCAACAGUGGGAUAGACUAUUGAAACAGAAAAUUCAUCAGAAUUAUUAAAGUAAUAUUAAAUGUAACGUUCUCAAAUAAUCCCAACAUAUGUAAAAUUAAGGGAAAGAAAGUAAUUGAACUAAAAGAGUCAUUUCGGAAGCCAUAAUUUAGUAAAUUCAACUGAAAUAGAAAGUAGAACUCAUUAAUAAACCAAUAUAACUUAUAUAACUCCUAUUACAUGUAAAUUUUUUAAGACUCUAAGAUCUAUAUCAGGAAAAUGUUGA